AUGCAGAAAGCAGCGCAAUCCUACCACCAGGUGUCAUGGUGGUCAUGGACGAUGUGGGGGUGCUGUUCACAGGCGGAAUCGGAUGCCGGCAAUUCGGAGAUGGUUGUAGACAACUCGCCAUCUGCGAAGGCCUUUGCAUUGCCGAGCACCAGCUUGGAUGCACUGCCGGAGGGGUUUGUUGAGCAGAUCGGCGACUACUUCACCGUGAUGGAUUUCUUGCCGACACGAUCAACAUGCCGGCAGCUUUCAUCUCCGAAGGAGCUUGGCGAGGAUUUCAAUGAGCUGUUGGCCAUCAAAUGUCCACAGAAGCAACUGCGCGUACAGAAGUUCUCCAUGUCUGUCCGACAGUGUGCCGAAAGCCAAAGGUUGGAUGCCGGAAGGCCAAAGAUAAAGAAAGUUCUCCGUCAGAGGGUGGGUUGGCCUCCUGUUUGUGGCUACUACCGGAAAGUGGAUCUCCCUCUAGACGAGAGUUUCCAGGCUUGCAAAGCCUCUAAGUCCUGGAACUGGGGGAAUUGGGAAGAUGUCGCCGCUCUGAUAUCUCGAUGCUUCUGA